CCUGCCUGCUGAGAGGUUGUGUUUCUUCUUAGUAUGUCUGGAGCUGGACAUCCAGAGCCUGGCUGUAAACACAGUGUUGCAGUCUCAUCACGUAAAUGAUAUGGAAGGAGGUUCCAGCAUGAGCGUCAGCUUCGAUGUGAUUCAGCAGGCAUCCCUGGAAGACAUGGUGACAGGGAACCAAGCUGCCAACAUCCCAGCCAGCUAUGAUGAAACUGCCCUCUGCUCCAACACGUUCAGGAUUCUGAAGAGCAUGGUGGUGAGCUGGGUGAAGGAGAUCACGCAGUAUCACAACAUCUAUGCAGACAACCAGGUCAUUCACUUUUACCGCUGGCUUCGCUCUCCUUCUUCGCUGCUUUACGACCCGGCGUUGCACCGUACUCUACACAACAUGAUGAAGAAGCUUUUCCUACAGUUAGUGGCUGAGUUCAAGCGUCUUGGCUCUUCAGUGGUUUAUGCCAACUUCAACCGGAUCAUUCUGUGCACCAAGAAGCGGCGUAUCGAGGAUGCUAUCAGCUACAUGGAGUACAUUAUCAAUAGCAUCCACUCAAAGGAGAUCUUCCACUCUCUUACUAUUUCUUUCUCCCGCUGCUGGGAGUUCCUGCUCUGGAUGGAUCCAGCAAAUUACGGAGGCAUCAAGGGAAAAGUGCAUUCUCGCAUCCACUACGGAGAGAAGGAUACCAGCAAGAGGCAAGUGUUGGAGGAGGAAGACAGUGAGGAAGAGGAGGAGGUGGGGGAAGAAGAGGAGGAAGGGGAAUCAAAUGUGGAGGAGCUGCUGGAGAACAGCUGGAAUAUCGUGCAGUUCCUGCCCCAGGCUGCCUCCUGCCAAAGCUACUUCCUAAUGAUUGUGUCAGCCUACAUCGUGGCUGUGUAUCACAGCAUGAAGGAGGAGCUGCAGCGCAAUGCCCCUGGGAGCACUCCCGUCAAGAGGAGAGGCACUAGCCAGGUGUCCCAAGAGGCACCGCGUGAGACAGGGGCCAUGCCUGGCAUGAUCACGUUCUCACAGGAUUACGUGGCCAAUGAGCUCACUCAGAGCUUCUUCACCAUCACCCAGAAGAUCAAGAAGAAGAUGGCUGGUUCUCGUAAUGCCACUGAGCCUUCAGACUUGUUCCCAGUGCUGCCCGGCUCCUACUUGCCACUCAACAACCCGGCUCUAGAGUUCAUCAAAUAUGUUUGCAAGGUGCUGUCUCUGGAUGCCAACAUUACCAACCAGGUGAACAAACUGCGCAGGGACCUGCUGCGCCUCAUCGAGGUGGGCGAGUUCUCGGAUGAAGCCCAGUUUCGGGACCCUUGCCGCUCCUACGUGCUCCCUGAAGUCAUCUGCAGGAACUGCAACUUCUGCAGGGACCUGGACCUGUGCAAGGACCCUGCUCUCUCCCAGGAUGGAUCAGUGCUGCCCAGCUGGGUGUGCUCCAACUGUGAGGCGCAGUACGACUCUGACUCUAUUGAAAUGGCGUUGGUGGAAGCCCUGCAGAAGAAGCUGAUGGCCUUCGUGCUGCAGGACCUGGUGUGCAGCAAGUGUCGUGGGGUGAAGGACACGCACAUGCCUGUGUACUGCAGCUGUGCUGGAGAGUUUGCCCUCACCAUCUCCUCCCAGGUCUUCAUGGAGCAUAUCACCGUCUUCCAGAACAUCGCUCGGCACUACAGCAUGGCCUAUCUCCUGGAAACCAUCGAGUGGCUGCUGCGUACGAACCCCCAGCUCUAGCAGUGAAAGCAGGGCUUGUCCUGUCUCUGCUGUCGGUUAUGGACCUGUUCAGCUGUGCACUACGCCAGCCCCAGGGAGCUGCAUGCCCCUCCUGCUGUGCUGGAGGGCAAGCAGCAGGCACGGAGAGGGGCCAGGCUGUCCUGCACCCUGGGGGCAGGAGCUGUGCUCCAUGGGGACCACCUGCCCGGGGCAGGGGUCUGUGCUGUAGGCAAGGUCGUGCCUCUUUUUAAUGUGGAAUUUGUAUAAAUAAAUAGUUCUCUUCUUCAUCUGG